GUUUGGUUUGAAGGUGUCAAAUGUCAAAACAGAGCAGCAGCGUCGGUCAGCACAUAAUCACUGCAUGGAAAGUUAACACGGCCGUUAAAAACAGAAAGACAUGGAGGUGACGAAGGAGGAGUGGUGGCAGGUGGAGGAUCAGGUGGAGAAGCUGCUGAGCGGUCAGGGGUCAGAGGUCACCGGGUGUGACGUGGGCCUGGAGCAGAGCAAACCGGCGACUCUGAGGAAGACCGUCACCUACAUCGUCUGCGCCGUCAUCUUCAACGAGAAGGAGGAGGUGCUGAUGGUGCAGGAGGCGAAGCAGGACUGUUAUAAGCAGUGGUACCUGCCUGCAGGGAGGGUGGAGGUGGGGGAGAGCCUGGAGGAGGCGCUGACGAGGGAGGUGAAGGAGGAGGCGGGGUUUGACUGUGAGCCAAUCACCUUGCUGCUGAUCCAGGAGCAGGGACCACAGUGGAUCCGCUUCAUCUUCCUCGCCAAAGUCACAGGUGGGAGUCUAAAGAACCUGACAGCAGCAGACCAGGAGUCUCUUCAGGCCUCCUGGUGGGACAGACAGUCCGUCCUCCCUCUGAGAGGACGAGACAUCCUCCGUCUCAUCGGCUGCGGACUCAAGUACCGUCAGGAUCCCUGGCAUCCUGUCACGUUACCUGUAGACAUGAGCUGCCGUCACGUGGUGCAGAGACUCGUCCUGGUUUUCACCAACGCUGAGGACAAGAUCUGGGUCCUGCUCAUUAAAGCACCAGGGCUCCACCUCCCCACGGCGGCGGCGGUGAAGACCCACGCUGUGACGUGGGCGGCAAACAUGGUGGUGCAGGAGGCUAUGCCGUCGGCGUACUACGACCAAGACGUCAACACACUGGGUGUCUUCAGCCUGCAGCACAAUGGUCGGCAGCAUGGGAAGACGGACGGCCUGUGCUUCAACACGCUGGUGGUGCUGGUGCCCGACCACGUCCAACGCAAUGAGGACGGAGAGAAGGUGCAGUGUACAGGGGCGAGACUUCCUCCACCUGUAGAAAACACUCGAUACGUCUGGCACGAAGUCCAGAAAAAAACACUGAAAGAGAAACUGCUGGAAAAGACCAAAAACACCUCCAUCUUACCCGUCCACAGCAUGUACUGAGCACAUUCUAUAUCCAUGUAUCAUUCACCAAGAUAACUUUUAUUGUGAAAAGAACAGCUCAUUUAUUUAUCGGCUUUGAGGUCUCGAAAAGCCGAUAAAUAAAUUCAAUUUAUUAUUAUUAUUAUUAUUAUUAUUAUUAUUAUUAUUAUUAUUAUUAUUAUUAUUAUUAUUAUUGUUAUUAUUGUUUUAGAAAGGCAACUUUUAUUCUGAAAGAAACAUGUGUAUGUUUAAUUGUAUGUAUCAGUUGAAAUGUAGAGUUUAAUUGUUAACAGAGCAAUAAAAUAUGUAUUAUGUUAUAUUUAUGUUCAAUUUAUAAGAAAGAUUCUAGCUGUAGCGACUAUUGGAGCUACUGCUGCUAGCUACUUUCAUUGGAAAGGAGUUGGCAGCACAGGGCAAGAAUAUCCACCAAAUUCCACCAAAGUGAUGAAACUCUGAGAGACACUGCUAUCUUAUACUCUGUGUGGCGUUGGCCUGUAGUUUAUGUUACUCAUCUGUGUGAUGAGAAGAAUAUAAAUAUAUCCAUCCAUCCAUCCAUCGUCUACCGCUUAUCCGGGAUCGGGUCGCGGGGGCAGCAGCUCCAGUAAGGAACCCCAAUCUUCCCU